AUGUCGGCUGAAUUUGAAAACAGAGACAAUGGCCCAGAAUGCAUGGAGCCAGAUGGCAUCAUCGAGAGCAACUGGAACCAGAUCGUGGACAGUUUUGAUGAGAUGAACCUGCGUGAGGCUCUGCUCAGGGGAAUAUAUGCCUAUGGUUUUGAGAAGCCUUCCGCAAUCCAGCAGAGAGCCAUUAUCCCUUGUAUCAAGGGUCAUGAUGUGAUCGCUCAGGCCCAGUCUGGCACUGGGAAGACUGCCACUUUUGCCAUUUCCAUCCUCCAGCAGAUUGAUGUGGAUCUGAAAGGCACCCAGGCUCUGGUCCUAGCUCCGACAAGGGAGUUGGCUCAGCAGAUCCAGAAGGUGGUGCUGGCUCUAGGUGACUACAUGGGAGCCAGUUGUCACGCUUGCAUUGGUGGAACAAACGUUCGCUGUGAAGUCCAGAAGCUGCAAGCUGAAGCCCCUCACAUUGUGGUGGGGACCCCUGGCCGUGUCUUUGACAUGUUGAACCGCAAAAACAUUUCUUCGAAGCACAUUAAAAUGUUUGUGCUGGAUGAGGCCGACGAAAUGCUUAGCCGUGGUUUCAAGGACCAGAUCUACGAGAUCUUCCAGAAGCUGUUGAGCAACACACAGGUUGUCCUGUUGUCAGCCACUAUGCCAGCUGAUGUGUUGGAGGUCACAAAGAAGUUCAUGCGUGAGCCUGUCAGAAUCUUGGUCAAGAAGGAGGAACUGACCCUCGAGGGUAUCCGCCAGUUUUACAUCAAUGUGGAGAAGGAGGAAUGGAAACUGGACACACUGUGUGACCUGUAUGAAACGCUCACCAUUACACAAGCUGUCAUUUUCAUCAACACAAGGAGGAAAGUGGACUGGCUCACUGAGAAGAUGCAUGCCAGAGAUUUCACAGUCUCUGCCCUGCAUGGUGACAUGGACCAGAAAGACAGAGACCUGAUCAUGAGGGAGUUCCGGUCUGGCUCAAGUCGAGUGCUCAUCACCACUGACCUGCUGGCCAGAGGUAUCGAUGUGCAGCAAGUGUCCCUGGUUAUCAAUUAUGACCUGCCAACCAACAGGGAAAACUACAUUCACAGGAUUGGCAGGGGUGGCCGUUUUGGCAGAAAGGGAGUCGCUAUCAACAUGGUGACGGAGGACGACAAGCGAACUCUGAGGGACAUUGAGACAUUCUACAACACCACCAUCGAGGAGAUGCCCAUGAAUGUGGCAGAUCUGAUCUAGAAGAUUCCACCUGCCCUUCUAUCACCCAACCCCUUCAUUUUAGAACCUCAUUUCCUAUGAAAUCUUAAAUUCUAACCAUUUCCUUUGGCUAAAUUCCACAACGACUAUAUUCACCUUGGAAAGGAAGAUAACAGCCAAUGUUCCCUAAUCGAUAGGAUUUUUUUUUUUGGCCAUCUUGAUUGGAACGAUGAAUUACUGACCUGCUUCAGCUGCUGGCCAUAUAAUCCAUAACCCCCCAUAUAAGAACUGAAAUGCUAUCUGCAGCUAGUCUCUUGUCACAACUUAAAGCAUAUGAAAAUUGUAAAAGUCUGUUUUGUAAGCCAAGGACUUAAAAUGAAACAGUUUGUAACCAUUUCACAUUAGUGAAAAAGGUGACUGCAUUUCCAAAAACACAUUAAAAAAAUUAAUGUGGCUAAUGUAAAGGACUCAACCCUCUGCUUCUAAGCAUUAACAGUGAUGUAGGUCAGUUUAAUCUUCAUGAUCCAUUGACGCUUCUCUGAAAUGUAGCUGUGGUUUGUGUCCCCAUGUGCUGAUCACUGUCUACUGUGGACACAGCUGAAACUUUAAAGUGCUGCACUUCACCAGUUCAGUAUUUACACAACAUUGAGUGUACUUGAACCAGCCUUUAUCUCCUUGAACACAUUCAGAAUCGUGUUGAAUUAAGGUGUUGGGGCCAGAGUACACAGGGCAGACUCAAUAAAACAUCUGUACAGUAAAACCCAUCAUGAAUGAGUUGACCUUUUCCAUCCUCUUUCUGCUUCACUUUCUUGCUAUUUGUAAGUACUGCUUGACACACGUGGUCAGUCGUGCAGUAGCUCUCAGCUGGAGACUGACUGGUGCCUGUAGAUGUUUUGGAGGCUAACGGUGUGUGAGAAUUUUGCCUUGACCUUCAUGAUUUGGUAUUGGAUUUAUAUAUAGGUUUUUUUUUUUUUUUUUUUUUUUUUUUACUUUUCCUUUUUUGAUAAGGUGGUGUCACUUUUUGUAACCUACCUCGCCAAAAUGAUUUGGGAGGGAUGGGGGGUGGGGUCUCAGACAAAAGGACCAAACUACAAAUUAGCAAAUGUAUAGAGAUUAUACCCCUUACCUCCCAAAAAUGUAUUUCUUUUUCAAUCUUUCUCACAUAUUAAAUGCUUGUCCUCAAGGGGUGUGGUGUCUGGUUUAGGAGAACUGUCAUGUUUGGGGUGUGUGGUCAGUGCUAUUUUUAAAAUGAAUUUAUGAAAUUGUUAACCUUUUUGAGACAGAACCAUGUAUCAAGUUUUCUACAUUGGAUUCUGUAUAGUAUUUAUUUUAAUGGUCUUAAAAAAAAAAAUAAAGGUUUCUCCUUUUAACAGUGUAAA